AAAAAAAAAAAAAAAACCAAAAAAUGGGAAAAUCUACUUCUUGUUUCAAAAUUAUCACAUGCGGUGGCGAUUCCGCGAACAAGGAUGAUCUCGAAACCAUUGAGAGCAAGGGUUCAAGUGAUAAACGUGGGUGGAGUUUUCGCAAGAGGUCUGCACGUCAUCGAGUGCUGAGCAACACUGUGAUCACGGAAACCCCCGUCCCCACUUUUGGAAAUAAGGAGGGCUCGGAAUCUGCCAAUGUUAACUUUGGAGAGCCAGCUGACAACUCUGCUCAAGAGAAAAUCUCUGUGGUGCAUUGCAGUGAUGAGAAACCCCAGUUGAUAACAACAGUGAAAGCAGAAGUACCAGACGCAGUAGUUACUGCUGAAAGUGAUAAUGAGACUGGAAAUGAAAAGGAGGCUGGAAAUGAAAAAGAGACUGGAAAUGAAAAUGAGACUGAAAAUGAACAAGAAACUGGAAAUGAAAAUGAGACUGAUGCCAAAAUUGAGGAGUCUGUUGUCAUUGCUAUCCAGACUGCUGUUAGAGGCUUCUUGGCUCAAAGAGCACUGCUAAAGCUAAAAAAUGUAGUUAAGUUGCAAGCUGCAGUUCGAGGUCAUAUUGUCCGUAGGCAUGCCGUAGGAACUUUACGGUGUGUCCAGGCCAUAGUGAAAAUGCAAGCUCUUGUUCGUGCUCGACAUGCUCGGCUAUCUCUAGAAGGAUCACGUCAAAAGUCAGAUGGGAAGAAGCAAGAAAAUGCAGUGAACAAAUCGAGUGGCGUAAAAGCUAGCACUGAGAAGCUCCUUAGCAAUAGGUUUGCCCACCAGCUUUUAGAAUCAACUCCAAAGGCCAAACGUAUCAACGUUAAAUGUGACCCUUCUAAACCUGAUUCUGCUUGGAAAUGGUUGGAGAGGUGGAUGUCGGUCUCAUCAGUGAAUGCUGCAGAGUCGAAGAAAAUAGAGUCAGUCACAGAGCAUCAGGAAGGAAAAAAGAAAGAAAAUUCCGAGUCUCUAUUGGGAACCAAUGUAGAAUCUGAAAUCAUUUGUGAGUCAGUGGAUUCAAAGUCCAGUAGUGUCCAUGAAUCAGCUGUGCCAUCUGAAAGUGAAGACAAUCUGAUCACUUAUGAAGCAGACAAAUUCGAAUUUCAGGCCUACCCUUCUACCACUUCCUCAAUUGUAGAUAAUUUGGAGCAGCCUAGGAUUGAGAACACAAGCACACCUUACGUUAAAGAGUCCUCAGCAGAGACAAAUUCUCUUCAAAAUCAAGAGACGCAGCCAGAUGUGGAUUGUCAAGCGGAGCACAAACCUCUUUCUGAGGAGCCUGAACAACCAAAGCGUUCAAUGAAGAGACUUGCCUCAGAAGAACUGGAGAUGGAGUCGGAGGCAAAGAAAUUUGUUUGUGGAUCAAAGAAGACAAGUAAUCCUUCAUUUAUCACUGCCCAGUCAAAAUUUGAAGAGCUGAGUUCAGCGGUCAAUCCAGGUUGGAUGAUGAAUUCAUCCUAUCAAGAAUCUGGAGGUGAAUCACACAAGGAUAUCUCAUUUGAGACACAAUCCAUAAUCAGGACAAAGGAGAUAGGCAUAGCAGAAAGUCCAGUUCAUGGAUCAAGAAUUCAACUUGGUGGCUCUGAGUGUGGCACUGAACUUUCUGUCACUUCCACGCUUGAUUCUCCGGAUAGAUCAGAUAUUGGAGCUAUUGAACAUGAGCAUGAAGCCAAAGCUUCAGAGGAAGGAAUUUGCAAUCCUAGUAACGAUGAGGAAAAUCUAGAUCUUGAGGCAAAGGAUGUUCCCACAGUCGUAAAGUCUUCCUCAUCUCCCACACUUCUUGAUCAGCAAGAGAAACUUGAUGUUGCAAAUGGAGAGUUCGUUAGCUCUGUGGUUUCUGUGGAUUCACCGCAGAUAGAGCUGAAGCCAGAGAAGAAAUCGUAUGAGUUUCAGAGGGAACAGCAGCGGCCUGAAACAAGUGUCCAAGCCCAUGUGUUAUCUCCAGAAGCUUCUCCAAGAAGUCAUCUGACUGUUGCUGAAUCCCAAGGGACACCUGUUAGUCAGGUUUCAGCAAAAGACCGAAAAAAUAAACCUGACAAGAGUGGGUCUGACCAGAAACGCGGGUCUCUGUCUGCUACUAAGAAAUCACCCUCAAACCCAAAUCACGAUUCUGGCUCAAGAAAUAGCGUGGAAAAAUUGCCUAAAGAACAGAAAAAUGGAAAGCGACGCGAUUCCUUCGGUUCAACAAAACCUGAAAAUUGUGAGCAAGAACCUCGAGAUAGCAGCAGCAACAGUUCUCUCCCCCACUUUAUGCAGGCGACGGAAUCAGCUCGAGCAAAGGCCAAUGCAAAUAACUCUCCAAGAUCCAGUCCUGAUGUCCAAGACAGAGAGAUUUACAUCAAAAAGAGACAUUCUUUGCCAGGUGCAGCAAAUGGAAGGCAGGGGUCUCCACGCAUCCAAAGGUCGAUGUCUCAAGCGCAGCAGGGUGCAAAGACUAAUGAGAGAAAAUGGCAGAGGUGAAAGACUGAUCUGAUCAUAUGCGAAAGCGGGAAAUAGUGGCCGGUGACCAGUCUAACAGAAAAAUUGGAGUUAAUAGUUGAUCUUUUACUUGACUGGCAGCAAGCUACUUUAGCUUUGCACUCCAGCUUCUUCUUGAAUGGUGCCUUGGUUUAUCCACGCAAGUCCCUGGGAGUCUCUCUUUCUAUAUAUAUAUAUAUAUAUAUAUGACACUGAGUGAGGUUUUUUUUUCUUUUAUGUACAUUUUUAUUGUUACCACUACCAUCAUUUUUUUUUUAUUAUUUUCUGUUACUUUACUCCAAAUGAUAUAUUUGGGCUUGAUAUUAUUAGGUUUGAUAUAGACGCAUUUGCUUGUUAAUCCAAAGUUGAGGCAACUAUAUAAGGUGAAGAGCUUCUUGAAGGCUUCCUUGCCGUGUGUCAUUGUAAUAAAUUGGAAAUUUCCAACCUCAUUGAUUCUUUUUUUUUUUUUUUCAAUUACUCCCAAUC